UAGUUUAGUACCGAGAAUACAUUGGAUCGCGGUUAUAGUGUCGCGUUCGACGUCGGUAAUAAAAAAAUAAUAGAAUAAUAUUUUAAAAACAAAAUAAAUAAAAAUCGAGAGCUCGUGAUUGUGCGCGACCGUGUUGUUUUUUUCAAGUGACUACUUUCUUAUGUAUACAACGUUUUAUGUUUGUUUGUGCUAAAAUCAAAAUCAAAUAUUAAAAUAACUAAAAUAGCUGAGUUAUAAUGCAGUCGUUGUUCUUUAUAGUGGCGGUGUAUGUGUGUAUGUAAGGGAAUAAUACGAUUUUUCAGAAUUACGAAUGCAUAUACAUGCAUACCAAAUUUUUGGAAUAAUCAAAGACGACGACGUUUACCCGCAGCCGGAUAGUGUUGAUGCCACUGCUGCAGCAGUUUGUUGAACAUUUGUCGCGCAAUAUCAUACUAUAACUACGCCGAGUACAUAAUUUCCGAAAUGAUUACAAUAUGAUGCGAGGGACCGCGUACGGUGUAUAACGCGCACGAUCUCGCUGCCGCCGCCGCCGUCGCCCCGACUGCGACACCGCAGUGGCCCGCGCUGCAGCACGAUGUACCGGUCGAACUUUUACGAGAGCACGUGCCUGCGAUGCUACCAGACGGUGUACCAGGUGGACAGGGUGGGCCCGCUCAAGGACUUCACGUUCUUCCACAGCGGGUGCUUCAAGUGCGUCGUGUGCGGUACGAAGCUGACGCUGAAGACGUACUACAACAACCAGCACCGGCAGGAGGACAAGGAGGUGUACUGUUCAAGUCACGUGCCGAAAAUCGGGCCCGGCCACCUGGACGGCACGUCGGUGGGAAUCAGGAGCGCGCUCAAUGUGCCCAAGUCCACGUCUUACGUCAACGACCAGAUACGCGGCAGCGGUAAGGGCACGUUCGACGCCGAGGCGCUCAACAUCAAGCAGCACCUCAACGGCUCGACACCCAACAACCGCGCGCAGUCGCCGCUACCGGCGCCGUACAUAGGAUCGUCCACCCCGGACACCGGUUACCAGUACGGCCGGUUCGACGCCUCGGCGCUGCACAUUGCGCACGCGCUCCGCGCCACCGAACUCCACAAAUCGUACCCGAACAAGAACGGUGUCCGGGAGAAGCCCAUACACUGUUAUCUGGAUAAAGACGAACAGACUAGAUUAGAAAUGAAACAUCGUAAAGAAGAAGACGAUUUGUACAGGAAGUUUGCGAAGCAACGGGAAGCCGAAGACAAUCGUAUUAAGGAAGAGAUAAACAACGAAUGGGAAAAAGAAUUGGAAAGGCUGACCAUACGUUUCGAAAAGGAACUUCAAACAAAAAGAAAACGGCCGGAUGAACAAAAAGUUCUCACGUUAAAGUUACAACAAGAACGAGACAAUCUUGAAAAAAAUAUGACACUAAGGAGGGACAAAAAGAAAGAGUCAUUAACCAAAAAACUCUUAGAACACGAGAGAGCUGCCACAGCGGCACUAGUAGAGAAACAGAGCAGCGAAAUGUUGGAACUGAUAAACGAGAAACGUAGCGAAUAUAUGAUGGCCGAAUCGCUGUAUUUGGACGACUCGGCAAUACCAGACGAGACAGCUGAGGCGCUCAACGACAACGUGCAACCAUACCCCGGCAAAGCGCCGCUACCGCCGUCGCCGCACGGCGUGGCCCAAGCAAAGUUUCAGCUGUACUCAGAUCCGUUGGAGUUUGCACACAUCGACCAGAUUGCCAUAUCAGUAGCGCAAGAAGACCAAAAAACCUUUACAGAUUUAGUAAGGAUGUUGGUGGGAAAAUGCGGUUCGGAUAUAGAAAAAGCCCGGACAAUUUUCCGAUGGAUUACUGUCAAAAACUUGAAUACAAUGAAUUUCGAUGACAAUCUGAGGGGUGACACGCCAAUGGGUCUACUCAGAGGCAUUAAACACGGAACGGAAAGUUACCAUGUAUUAUUCAAACGAUUAUGCAGUUAUGCUGGUUUACACUGCGUCGUUAUCAAAGGAUACUCGAAGUCGGCCGGCUACCAGCCAGGUGUUCAUUUUGAAGACAGUCGAUUCCGAAACUCGUGGAAUGCUGUCUACGUUGCUGGUGCCUGGCGUUUUGUGCAAUGUAAUUGGGGUGCACGGCAUCUAGUCAACGCCAAAGAAGUACCCAAAGUAGGAGCCAAAGGGAAAUCUGACAGUCUCAGAUAUGAAUACGACGACCAUUACUUCCUAACGGAUCCACGAGAGUUUAUCUAUGAAUUUUUUCCACUGCAACCCGAAUGGCAGUUACUCAAAAAUCCUAUCACUCAACGAGAUUUUGAGGAUUUACCGUUCGUCAGGUCUCUUUUCUUUAGAUACGGCCUUUACUUCCCAGACUCCAACACAAAAGCUGUCAUGUAUACAGAUGCAACAGGAGCUGCCACGGUAAGAAUAGCAAUACCGACUAACAUGCAAUCCAACCUGAUAUUCCACUACAAUUUAAAAUUCUAUGAAAGCGAAGGAGACACAUAUGAUGGAGUGAGCUUGAAGCGUUUUGUCAUGCAGUCUGUCCUGGGCAAUAUCGUGUCAUUCCGCGUACACGCGCCCAACAGCGGGGCAUUUCUGUUGGAUAUAUUUGCCAAUUCAGUGACGCCCAAGGAGUAUCUGACUGGAGAGCCGAUGAAAUUUAAGAGCGUGUGCAAGUUCAAAAUCAUUUGUGAAGAAUUGCAAACCGUCAUGGUGCCGUUGCCGGACUGCGCCAGCGGUGAGUGGGGUCCUACAAAAGCCACUCGUCUCUUUGGACUCAUACCCAUAUCACAUCAGGACCCAUUAGUGUUCGCUGGCCGGGAGUUGGAAAUACAGUUCCGAAUGUCGAAGCCGCUAACGGAUUUCAUGGCCACAUUGCAUAAAAACGGCGUGGAAGAGAAACGGCUGUCUAAAUAUAUAUCACACACAAUCGUGGACGAUUUCAUCACAUUCCUGAUCGGGUUUCCAGAAGAGGGCCAAUACGGUCUGGACGUGUACACGCGCGAGAUAUCGUCGCACAAGUCGGAUGAGAAUGGCCACCACAACCAUCACCAGCACCAGCACCGGUUAGCCAACGGCAAUGGCAUCCACGGCGAAAAACACCUGCUCACCCAUUGUUGCAAAUACUUGAUAAACAGUUCGAAACGAAAUUAAUAUUACAUUGAUAACAAAUAUUGUAUAUUAUAUCUUCGUUUCUAUGCAUAAGCAUUUAUGGAUAAUAUAUUCCAGUACAAUAUUGUUGUAGGUAUACGUAUAUAAUUUCUAAAUAUAUAUAUACGAAAAUAUAAGGUACAAAAUAUAUUUCACGAAUUUUAAAUAUAA